AGGAUUCCCCGUCACCCGACGUCACCCAGAGGCCCGGCACCGCCCCGUGCUCUUCAGUCAAAACUCCCGGAGUGGCCAUUGGGUACCGGCGCCCUGGCCCUGCCCCCUGACGUCACCGAGGCCCGGCCAUGCACCUCAGUGUAAACAUCCGCUGUCCCGCCCCCGCCCUGCGCGUGACCCGUGACCCGUGACCUGUGACCCCGUGACCCGCGGGUAUAAACAGCCCCGGGCAGGGAAGGUGCUGGGAGAGAACCUGAUAGAGCCGGUCUAACCGAGGCGGCAACACCGCGACCUCUGAACCCGCGCCUCGGAGACAACACCGCGACCCUCUGGCGACCUCUGACCCUGUGACCCCGUGGGUGUGACCUCACGACCCUGGCGCCCUCAGCGGUGACCUUUGACCCCGCAGCGACCCCGAGACCCCAGGACCCCUGCACUCAUCCACAACUCUGGGACCUCUAAUCCCGCGACCCCAGCAGCGACCUUUGACCCUGGUGAAAGCAGGAGACCCCAGGACACCAGUGACCCUACAACUUCUGACCCCACUACGGGCAACAACUCUGAGACUGUGCGGUGACCUCUGACCCUGGGCUGUUCCCCCGAGACAACAGUGACCCCAGGAACUCCAACUCAGCUACAGGUGACAACCAAGGUAACCCAGGGACAACCUCUGACCCCUUGAAUCCACAACUUUUCACCCAGUGCUGACCACUGCAGUGUGGGGCAGCCUGAGAGAGUGCGUGACCUUUGAUCUCUGACCUCUGACCCCGACCCAGGCCUUGCCCACAGGACGAUGCUCUGGCCCUGUCUCCUUGCCCUGCUCCUCUCCCAGCUCAACUUUCUCUGUGCUGCCCGUCCUGGCCCUGGACCUAACUUCCUGCUCAUCAUGGCUGAUGACCUUGGCAUUGGGGACCCUGGCUGCUAUGGCAACCGCACCUACAGGACGCCACACAUCGACCGCCUGGCCCUUGAGGGGGUGAAGUUGACUCAGCACCUGGCAGCUGCGCCCCUGUGCACCCCGAGCCGCGCUGCCUUCCUUACCGGGCGCUACCCUGUGCGGUCAGGCAUGGCAUCACAGGGCCUCCUGGGUGUAUUCCUGUUCUCGGCAUCAUCUGGGGGGCUCCCGCCCAAUGAAGUCACCUUCGCAAAGUUGCUCAAGGGUCAAGGCUACACCACCGGGCUUGUAGGGAAGUGGCAUCUGGGGCUGAGCUGCCAAGCAGCCUCUGACUUCUGCCACCACCCUGGGCGCCAUGGCUUUGACCGCUUCCUGGGCACGCCCACCACCAACCUGAGGGACUGCAAGCCAGGGGGCGGGACCGUGUUUGGCUCUGCCCAACAAGUAUUCGUGGUCCUGCCCAUGAAUAUUCUGGGGGCAGUGCUGCUGGCCAUGGCACUGGCGCGGUGGGCAGGGCUGGCCCGGCCCCCAGGGUGGGCGUUCGGGGUGAUAGUGGCUGCCAUGGCGGCGGUGGGCGGGGCCUAUGUGGCCUUCCUCUACCACUUCCGCCCAGCCAACUGCUUCCUCAUGGCCGACUUCACCAUCACCCAACAGCCCACGGACUACAAGGGGCUCACACAGCACCUGGCAAGCGAGGCUGGGGACUUCCUGCGCAGGAACAGGGACACGCCCUUCCUGCUAUUCCUGUCUUUCAUGCAUGUGCACACGGCACACUUCGCCAACCCUGAGUUUGCAGGGCGGAGCCUGCAUGGGGUCUAUGGAGAUGCUGUGGAGGAGAUGGACUGGGCCGUAGGCCAAGUCCUUGCCACACUGGACAAGCUGGGCCUCGCCAAUAACACACUCGUGUACUUCACGUCCGACCAUGGCGCACACGUGGAGGAGAUUGGCCCCAACGGUGAACGGCAUGGCGGUAGCAACGGAAUUUACAGGGGAAUUGCCCUCAGGACAACAAGCUCAUCAGAAAAUGCCUUUACCCACAGAGACAUCUUGCCAGUUUUAAACAUUGUUCUUAAUCCUGAAAUCUUGAUUGUCUUUUGGGAGUCUGGUAUUUUGACAUAUGACAAUUAG